CUUGCCUUCAUUGUUCACUACCCUCGUGUGUGUGUGUGUGUGUGUGUUUUCUCUGUAGCCUCUGAAUGUCUAAUGUAACUUAAUCCUUUUACUUGAGAUGCUCUCUCGCGGCUGCUGUCCCCCCAACCCCACCGAUCUCCGAUCCUAGACACUGUCUAACCUGCUUUGACUGGCCCUAUUCUCUGUGGCAACCUUUCAACUGCCACACCCACACCCACACCCACGUCUAAUGACUGAUGAUCCUCUCCCCCAAGAACUGUAACACAGGAGCUGUACCUCUGAGACUAUGGAUGAUUUUAUUCUUCAAAUGGCUUUACCCUUCCAAUAGCUCCAGGGACCCUCCGUUCCCCAUAUCCAGGAAAAUGUGACGAGCUACAGGUAUCAGCUUCUGGAUCUCCACUUCGUGUUCUAGCUACAAGUGAUUCGAGCGCAAGAUCCAGGGGCAGCGAGGUACGUCAGGAAAAUAUCUAAAGAAAUGGCAGACCAAAGAGAAGAAUCUGGGGGGAAAGAGGUGCUCAGAGACCAGAUCAAAGAAUCGGACAAAGAAGAGGAACCACCAUCUGCCUCAUCUCAUGGCCAGGGAUGGCGUCCAGGUGGCAAAACAGCUAGGAACUCGAAGCCCGAACCUGGGGCCAGACCCGCCACACCUGCUGCCGUGGUCAAUGACCCGCCAGUACCUGCCUUGCUGUGGGUCCAGGAGGUGGGCCAUGUCUUGGCGGGCCGUGCCCGCAAGCUGCUACUGCAGUUUGGGGUGCUCUUCUGUACCAUCCUCCUCUUGCUCUGGGUGUCCGUUUUCCUCUAUGGCUCCUUCUACUACUCCUACAUGCCGACAGUCAGCCACCUCAGCCCCGUGCAUUUCUACUACAGGACGGACUGUGACCCCUCUGCCUCCUUACUCUGCUCCUUCCCUGUUGCCAACGUGUCCCUCGCUAAGGGCGGACGUGAUCGGGUGCUGAUGUAUGGACAGCCGUACCGUGUCACCUUGGAGCUAGAGCUGCCAGAGUCCCCCGUGAAUCAAGGCUUGGGCAUGUUCUUGGUCACCAUUUCGUGCUACACCCGAGGCGGACGCAUCAUCUCCACUUCCUCCCGCUCCGUGAUGCUGCACUACCGCUCAGACCUGCUCCAGAUGCUCGACACGCUGGUCUUCUCGAGCCUGCUGCUGUUCGGGUUUGCAGAGCAGAAGCAGCUCCUGGAGGUGGAGCUGUACCCAGAAUACAGAGAAAACUCGUAUGUGCCCACCACCGGAGCGAUUAUCGAAGUACACAGCAAGCGCAUCCAGCUGUACGGAGCCUACCUCCGCAUCCACGCCCACUUCUCUGGGCUCAGGUACCUGCUGUACAACUUCCCCAUGACCUGCGCCUUCAUAGGUGUUGCCAGCAACUUCACCUUCCUCAGCGUCAUCGUGCUGUUCAGCUACAUGCAGUGGAUGUGGGGUGGCAUCUGGCCCCGCCACCGCCUCGCCCUGCAGGUGAACAUCCGGAAAAGGGACGUGCCCCGGAAGGAAACCCAGGGAAGGACCGCAGCCCGUCGGCUAGACCAGGAGGAGCCAACCCAGCUGCCGGACGUCACAGAGGACGGUGAGAGCCCCGAAGACCCCUCAGGGACAGAGACCCAGCUGUCUGAGGAGGAAAAACCAGAUCAGCAGCCCCAGAGCGGAGAGGAAGAGCUGGAGCCGGAGGCCAGUGACGGUUCAGGCUCCUGGGAAGACGCAGCUCUGCUGACCGAGGCCAACCUGCCUGCUUCCGCCCCUGCCCUGGCCCCGGAGACCCUGGGCAGCUCUGACCCCUCUGGGGGCUCUCACCAGCGGCACCCCACCUGCUCCAGCUCCUGAAGAGAACAGGGCAGAGACCCACACUCCAGCCCUUUACACUGGGCUCUCUCCCUUCCGCCUUCGUCUGCGGCUUUCCCAAUAAACUAUAUUCUUGCCAGUGA